AUGGACAUCAUUUCUCAAAAAGGAGUUGAGAACGGCAAAGUCGCCGUUUCUGCACCGGUCAAGCAUCCGGAAAAGAAAAAAAUCAUUCUCAAUGCCUUUGUCAUGAACACCCCCAAUCAUCUUAACGCUGGACUCUGGAGACACCCUGAGAACCGGCAGAAGAACUGGAACGACCUUGACCACUGGGUCGAGCUCGCCCAGCUGCUCGAAAAAGGCAAAUUCCACGCCAUAUUUGUGGCCGACACUGCAGGAGUUUACGACGUUUACAAGUCCGAAAAGGAUACAGCGAUCAAGACUGGUACCCAGUUUCCCGUCAAUGACCCGCUUUAUCUCGUCCCUGCUCUAUCGAUGGCCACCAAUAACAUUGGCUUUGGAAUCACCGUAUCAACCACCUACGAUGUGCCCUAUGGUUUGGCCCGUCGUUUUGCCACUGUCGAUCAUCUGUCCAAGGGCCGAGUCGCCUGGAACAUUGUCACGUCGUAUCUCGAGUCUGGUGCCAUCAACCACGGUCUGGACUGUCAGAUUGCUCAUGAUGAGCGGUAUAACAUUGCCAACGAGUAUCUGGACGUGACUUACAAACUGUGGGAAUCGUCAUGGCGAGAAGAUGCGCUCAAGAAGGACGUAGAGGCCAAUGUUCUGGUCGACCCGGAGCUCGUCCGAUACAUCAACCAUGAGGGCAAGUAUUUCAAGGUACCGGGCCCUGCAAUCACUUCUCCCUCGCCCCAGAGAACUCCGUUUCUGUUCCAGGCUGGCAUGUCGAAAGCUGGACGUGGGUUUGCAUGCAAGCAUGCUGAGGCUGCGUUUGUGGCUGGUCCUACCCCACAGUUCAUUCGUAAGUCGGUCGACGAUCUCAGAGAACAGGCCGCAAAGAUCGGGAGAGACCCCCAGAGCCUCAAAACCCUUGCCGUGAUGUUUGUAAUUGUGGCGGAGACCGACGAGUUAGCACGGGAAAAGUACGACGAAUACAACUCGUAUGUAGAUCCCGAGGGUGCCUUGACUCUGUUUGGAGGGUGGUUUGAUCUGGACAUUAGCAAAUACCCUGACGACCUAGAUCUGCGAGAGGUGACAGACAAUGAUACACUUGCAAAGAUCAUUGCGCAGUGGGCUACUUCUUGUAGUGAAACUGACGGAAUGUGGAACAAGUCGCGAGUGGCAAAGGAGUAUGUCAUUGGUGGACGAGGAGAGGUCAUUGUCGGCUCUCCCACCACUGUGGCUGAUAGACUGGAGGAGUGGGUGGAAAUCGGAGACGUGGAUGGCUUCAAUCUGGCCAGUGCCACCAUUCCAGGCACCUAUGAGUCCAUCGUUAAACUUCUGGUUCCCGAGCUACAGAAACGAGGUCGAUUCUGGGAGGACUAUGCUGUUCCGGGCGGUACUCUCAGAGAGAAUAUUUAUUCCUCGCCCGGCCAGUCUCAUCUCCGAGACGAUCAUCCUGCCAAAAGAUUCACCUGGAAGAAAGACCAGCCUUUUCCUCUUGGAAAAGAUGGCAACCUAGUGACUGAGGAGGACAGUGAGCGGGAAGAGAAGGAAGGAGAGACAGUGACAGAGGAAAAUAGGGCCACUUCUGAAGGGCCUGUUCCAAAGCGAGUAAAGACUUCAGCUUGA